GGUUUCCAUUAGAUCCAAUAUGCUAUUUCUAGGUCUUUUCACUCUUUCUAAGAUUCGCUUUCUAAUGCUUUAUAUAUCUCCGGUUUUCUUCUUUGCCUAGGGUUUUCUCUAUAUCUAUCUGUAUUUAUUGAGCUUGUUUUGGGUUUGGAUUCGUUGAUUUCCUCUGUUUUUGGUACGAUUUUACAGUUUUGUGAUAUUUUUGAGGCUUUUUGAUUGUUUAAUUUACUCAAACAAUGCCUCCGAGAACGGUGAGGAAGACGGCUGCUGGGCCGGGGACAAAGCGAGCGAGAGCCACCAGAGGGAUUCCGAAGACCCAGAGCCAGCCAGAAGUCGCCGAAGAACCAGUGAAAGUUGAGGAGGUUGAGGUUGAGGUUAAGGAGGAGGUCAAGGUUGACAGUCUUGAGAUUAAGGAGGAGGUCAAGGUUGAGGAGGUUGCUGAGGAAAAGCCAGUGGAUAACAAGGCCGUGGUCGCAGAGCCUGAAAACAAGCCGCACUCGGAGGCGAAUGGAGGGGCUUCUGAAAAGAAGGAAGAUGAGGUAAAGGAGUCCGUUGAUGAAUAUGAAAAAGGUGAACGGUUAGACUUGGAGGAUAAUGAGCCUGAAUAUGAACCUGAAGAAUAUGGUGGUGUGGAUUAUGACGAGAAGGAAAUUGAACCAGAGGAUGUUCAGGAAGAGGGAGAUGAAGUGGAGGAAGAAGCUGAGGGGGAUGUAGGUGAAGAGGAAGUUGGUGAUAUGGUUGAGGACGAAAUGGAAGAUGUUCCGGAGGAGAUGGAGGGCGAGGAUGAUGAUGAGCAUGCCCGUGAGGAGCAUGCUGGGAUGAUUGAUGCAGAGGAAGAAGAACACCACAAAGUUGUUAAAGAAAGGCGCAAGCGAAAGGAGUUUGAAGUUUUUGUUGGGGGCUUGGACAAAGAUGCUACUGAGGAUGAUCUUAGGAAAGUCUUCAGUGAAGUGGGUGAGGUUAAUGAAGUCAGACUUAUGAUGAAUCCUCAGACUAAGAAGAACAAGGGCUUUGCAUUCCUCCGUUUCGCAACUGUGGAACAAGCGAAACGAGCUUGUGCUGAGAUGAAAAACCCAGUGGUCAAUGGGAAACAGUGUGGUGUUACUCCAAGUCAAGACAGCGACACCCUGUUUUUGGGUAACAUAUGCAAGUCAUGGACAAAGGAAGCUUUAAAAGAGAAGUUGAAGCAUUAUGGAGUUGAGAAUAUUGAGGAUUUGACAUUGGUUGAAGACAGUAAUAAUGAUGGAAUGAAUCGAGGCUUUGCGUUCUUGGAAUUCUCUUCUCGUUCGGAAGCCAUGGAUGCUUUUAAGCGUCUCCAAAAGAGAGAUGUUAUGUUUGGAGUUGAUAGGACUGCAAAGGUUUCUUUUGCAGAUUCCUUUAUUGACCCAGGUGAUGAAAUCAUGGCUCAGGUUAAAACAGUGUUUGUGGAUGGUUUGCCUGCCUCGUGGGAUGAGGAUCGUGUCAGGGAGCUUCUCAAAAAAUAUGGGAAGGUCGAAAAGAUUGAGCUUGCCCGUAAUAUGCCAUCUGCCAAGAGAAAGGAUUUUGGUUUUGUUACAUUUGACACUCAUGAUGCAGCAGUGACAUGUGCAAAAUGCAUUAAUAAUGAAGAGUUGGGCGAAGGAGCGAACAGGGCUAAAGUUAGGGCCAGAUUGUCAAGACCGCUUCAGAGAGGUAAAGGAAAACAUGUUGUUCGUGGAGAUUUCCGACCUGGACAUGCUGUUGGACGAGGUCUCAGGAGUCCCUGGAGUCGUCCAGUGCCACGUAGCCUCCCCAUGCGUGGGGCAAGAGGGAUUGGAGGUCGUCUACCACCUGUAAGCGAUCGUGGGUUGAGAAGACCAGUUGCAUUUAGAGACAGACGUCCUGCUAUGGCUAUGCCACCUAGGGGAAGGCCCUUGGCUCCCCUACCAAGAUCUUAUGACAGGAGACCAGCUGCUGUUCCUCCAUACCCCAAGAGUAGCUUGAAAAGGGAUUAUGGCAGGCGUGAUGAGCUGCCUCCAAGGAGCAGAGUUGCUGCAGAGUAUGGUCCCAGGGUUGUCCCUGAGAGACGUCCAACAUAUAGGGAUGACUAUUCCUCUCGUGGAUCUGGUUACUCUGAUAUUCCCAGAAGCACAUCUCGUAAUGCAGCAAGGAGAACUUAUGUGGAUGACGGCUAUGGACAAAGGUUUGAAAGGCCUCCUCCAAGUUAUCGUGAAGGACGUGCACGUGAUUAUGACUCUAUUUCUGGGUCAAAACGUCCGUAUUCUGCACUUGAUGACGUUCCUCCACGUUAUGCUGACACUGGAGUGCGACAGUCGAGGGCUCGGUUGGAUUAUGAGAUUGGUGGCAGUGCUUCUCAAUAUGGCGAUGCUUAUAGUGAUAGACUGGGGAGAUCUAAUCUUGGAUAUGGGGGCAGCAGGAGUUCUAUUUCCAGUCAGGAUUCACAUGGACUUUAUAGCAGUCGUCAGGGUAUGGGUUACGGUGGAGGCUCUUUCAGUAGUGGUGAUGUUGGUGGGAUGUACUCAUCAAGUUAUGGCGAUGAUUAUGUGUCUCGUGGGAGUGAUGUUGGUGGUAGUUCUUAUUCAUCGCUAUAUUCUGGUCGUGGUUUGGGUGGUAGCAGUUACAUGGGAAGUGGUGGUUCUGGAUCAUACUAUUGAGAUUUGAGUUGACAAAGAGGCUGCACUAGGAUGUGGAUUAUUUGAAGCUUAUGCAUGAUGAUGCCUACAGAUUCGGAAAGGAAGCAAUUACGAAGCGUAAAUAGCCUCUCUUUGUAUGUUGAAGGAAAGGGUAUUAGUUUUGAGUAAUAUCGUAGAAGGGAUGUAUUGGUUAAAGCCAUCCUAGAUUUACAAUUUGGAUUUUGUCAAACUCGUAUUUGCUACUGUAAGGAAAUUUGAGUUAUCUAGAGUUUGAAAGAAGAUCUUAGCAUGCGGUAUUUGUGAAUACCAUCUUUUAUUCACUCUCUCUAUAAAAGAUUCCACCUGAUGGACUUGAGAGGAGGUAUGCUGCAUCAUCUGUUUCUAUGGGCAUCGCAUAUCAGUAGGAGCUUAAGGUGCCUUUCAAUAUGGUUUAAGGACAAUUCAUUGGAAGUUUAAUUACAAUACUAAAGGCAUUCUGGUCAGUUCUGACUAGUCUUAUAAUACAGUGCUACCAUCAUUGGUGUUGAACCAAUCAAAGAACGUUUAGAAUCAAAUGGGAAAAUGAGGUUGUUAGCUGAUAUAUCUUUUGCCACUGGUACAUUUGCUGAUUUUUUUUUUUUUUUU